AAGAGGCUUUUCUCUUAUAUAAAAUACAAGGAGGAAGGAAAUACACCUAGAAAUCAUUUCACCAUUUUUGCUGUAAAUUUUUAAUGGGUGAUAUGAUGGUAUUAAUUUUCUUGCUAGAUAUGGAUAAAUUUCCUUGUCUGUGUUAGGAAUUAAACAUUAUUAACUGGAAAGGGUUAGUGAAUUCAUGUGCUCAUGCUUAUAUCUGAAAUCUUGUAUACCAUUCUUUUUCGAAUUAUAUAGUGCAUCUCUCCAUUUUUGUGCGGUACUUAUAUUCCUAACCCUUAUUUUGAAGGCUUUAUAUUGUAAGUAUUUGACUUAAUACAAAAUUAUUUUAACGCAAGAUAAAAGAUGUAGACUCUUACUUUAGUUGAUAUUAGGAUGCAAAAAAGAAUAACUGGGCAAAGAACAUGAUAGAUAAAGCUUUUUUUCCCUUUUUUCCUUUUAAAUCUAUACUACUAAAUAUUAACAGAUCAACAUCAAAAUCAAAAGACAUUCAUAGACAGUAUGGUUCAGUUUUAGUUACAAAAACAAAGACGUCUUUAAAAAAUUCUUAUACAGUGCAUUUUUAUUUUCUUGAUGAAAUGGUAACUAGAUAACCUGGUUAUUCAGAGUUUAGUUUUACUCCAGGGUUUGUUUUUAUGUUGGGAGAAACUGAACUUCAAUCCUAGUCACUUGUUAGUCUCCAUAGUGAAACUGAGCUUCUUUCAUUUAACAGUUAGUAUGUCUAUACAUUCAGAAUACUUCUUAUGGAGGAAAAUUAUGUUUAUAUGCAGAUAUAAAAUGUCUAAACUCAUCUGUCAUGAAAAAAGUGAAUGAAGGAGAAUUUCUGCACCCAUGUAGAAGUUUGCUUGAAUUAAACAAAAAAAAAACAGAUCCUGACAAAGGAGGACUGGACUGAGAAACAAUGCUGUGAGUGCUACAGAUACCAGGAAAAGAGGCAGUAGGCAACAAAGAGCAUCAUCCCGCUCUGGGGUGCCCAAAGAAUCCCCAUCCCCUCCCCCGUGACCUCCUGCCAGAAUGUUGGGUUUCAGAGAAUGAGCAGAUUAACGGAUAUCAGGAAUACUGUGGACUGGGCUGAGGACAAGGAUAAUUUGCCUGAGUAAAACUACUGACUUGAAACCAUUAGAGGCCGUCUACUUGGCUACGGACCAUUAAAACCGUUGCUGUUGGAAGGGGGUCAUAUAGUAAGCAAACCACUGAAGACCAAGAGAGAAAAACAACAGAAACACAGCCCCAAGGUAUGUAAGACUCAAGAGUUGGGCAGCACCCACCCAGAAGGGAUCCAGCAUAGAUCUGGGGCUAACAGCUGAAUUUCCCAGGCACAGCAUGGCAAGGAGAGCAACUGCUUCUGUUGGACACAAGCCCUGCAUCAUCAACUGAUUCACUAGGGCCAUGUCAGUGGCAGCGUCUGUGAGAGACUCUGCCUCUGUACUGCCUUCUCUAUGGAAAAGGCAAGUGGCUAUGUCUGAGGCUAUCAGAGUGCUUCAAACUUGGGCUUCUCACAUGAAGGGCUUGAGGCUGGCCCUGGUGCCAGGACUUUCAUGUGCCAGGUUGGGGAUCCUGUUGUUCUUGGUACUGAUUUCCCUGCCGAGCCUGUACUGUGACCUGGGCUCACCAUAUCACUCUUCCUAUGAAGUAGUCAUUCCCAAGAGUCUGACAGUGGAAGGAAGGGAAGACCAAGUGGAAAAGCUCUCCUAUGUGCUAUUUAUGCAGGGCCAGAGGCAGCUGAUUCACCUGACGCUGAAGAGCGACUAUUUUGUGGAUAACUUCCCGGUCUUCAGCUACCACGAUGGCAUCCUGGGGCAGGAAAUGCCUCUCAUCUCGCGGGACUGUCACUACGAAGGCUACAUAGAAGGAGUCCCAGGUUCUUUUGUUUCUGUCAACACCUGUUCAGGCCUCAGGGGCCUCCUGAUUAAGGGGGGGAAAUCCUAUGGCGUUGAGCCCGUGCACUCUUCCAAACGGUUUGAACACCUGUUGUACGCCAUGGCCCACGAAGCUCGAGUCUCCUGUGGCGUCACGUCCAGAGACAGCCAAGUGGCGUCCACCAGCCGGCGACCAGACAGCGGCAAGCCUCACAGCUGGCAGGUGCCAUCCGACUUGUGGUCACAUACCAAGUACGUGGAGAUGUUUGUCGUGGUCAACAACCAGCGGUUCCAAAUGUGGGGCAGUGACGUCAAUCAGACGGUCCAGAGAGUAAUGGACAUCAUCGCUCUGGCCAACAGCUUCACAAGGGGAAUAAACACAGAGGUGGUGCUGGCUGGAAUGGAGAUUUGGACUGAGGGGGACCUCACAGAGGUCCCCGUGGACCUGCAAGUUGCACUCAGGAAUUUCAACAGCUGGAGACAAGAGAAGCUCCUCCAUCGUGUGAAGCAUGAUGUUGCCCACAUGAUCGUGGGACAGCAUCCUACAGAGGAUACGGGGCAGGCAUUUCUCAGUGGUGCCUGCUCCAGUGAUUUUGCGGCAGCCGUGGAAUCCUUCCACCACGAGGAUGUCCUCCUGUUUGCAGCGCUCAUGGUCCAUGAGCUUGGACACAACUUGGGUAUUCGGCACGACCAUUCGGCCUGCAUUUGUAAAGACAGGCCCUUCUGCCUCAUGCAUGAAAACAUCACUAAAGAAAGUGGCUUCAGCAACUGCAGCUCUGACUUCUUCCACCGGUUCCUCUGGGAACACAAGGGGGCCUGCCUGUUCAACCAGCCUGGGCACAAAGGCCGCUCACGGAGGGCUUCCCGCUGUGGCGAUGCCAUUGUAGAAGGAGAUGAGCAGUGCGACUGUGGUUCUAACUGUGAAAUGCACCCAUGCUGUGACACCAGAUGUAAGCUGAGAGAGCAUGCAGAAUGUAGUGAUGGACUCUGCUGUGAUAAAUGUCGCCUGAGAUACCAGGGAUUCAUGUGCCGUGCUGCUCUGGGAGAGUGUGACCUCCCAGAGUAUUGUAAUGGUUCCUCGGGAGAAUGUCCCAGGGACAGCUAUAAGCUAGAUGGUACCACGUGUGAUAGAAUUCACUACUGUGCUGGAGGUCGGUGUAAGAACCCUGACAAUCAAUGCAUGGAUAUAUAUGGGUCCCCUGCAAGGUCUGCCCCAGAAAUGUGUUACGUUUCAAUGAACACAAGAGGGGACCGGUUUGGAAACUGUGGCACCACCAGCUCACCGAGGUUAACAUAUCUGAAGUGUGCAGAUGAUAACAUAUUUUGUGGCAAACUUAUAUGUACAAAUGUUAGAGAGAUACCACAACUCAAACCCAAUCAUACACUGAUCCAGGUCGCUCACAAAGAUGACUGGUGCUGGAGCAUGGAUGCCUAUGACACUGCUGAUAUCCCUGAUGAUGGAGAUGCACACACUGGCACUCUCUGUGCCCCACACAAAGUCUGCAUGAAUCACUUGUGUACUGAUUACACCUCACUUGGGUACAACUGUGAGACAACAGAACUGUGUAACGGGAAAGGAGUUUGCAACAAUUUUAGGCACUGCCAUUGUGAGGAUGGCUAUGCGCCCCCUGACUGCAAAGAUCCAGGAGACGGUGGUAGUGUAGACAGUGGUCCUCCUAGCACAUCAAUUCAACAUUCAAGUGGAGGUGAAAGUGAAAUUCCAAAGAGACGUAGUAAUGAGAUUCAAGGUAUUGGCAACAUUGUUUUCAUAGUCCCUUCAAUACUGUUAGUACUUUUGAUAAUUGUAAUACUAUUUAUUAGUCUCAGGACUGGAAUUGAAUCAGUAGAGACCCCAGGGGGUGCCUCAGAUGAGACUACAGAGGAAACCAGUAGUGAGGUAUUCAUAAUGGAGCUCCUCCCAAUGGGGAUACAAGAGGGGUCAGAAGGGGGCCCCCCACCAGAGCAGGUUCCCCUACCAGAGCAGGGCCCCCCAACAGAGCAGGGCCCACCACCAGAGCAGGGCCCGCCACCAGAGCCAUCGCCGCCGGGGGCACCACCUCCAGAGGCACCCGAACUGGAGGCACCUGCACCGGAGGCACCCCCACCAGAGGCACCCGCACCAGAGACACCCGCACCGGCGCCACCUCCACCGGAGGCACCCGCACCAGAGACACCCGCACCGGCGCCACCUCCACCGGAGGCACCCCCACCAGAGACACCCGCACCGGCGCCACCCCCACCAGAGGCACCCCCACCGGAGGCCCCACCACCAGGACAGCCAGCAUCACAAGAGGCAGCAGGUGAAGGACAAGGAUAACCAAAGGCAGAAGUGUACUGGAGGAAGAAUUCAAAAAUACCAAAUGUCUCAAGCACUGAGUGGGAAUAAGGCACUCACAGAAGCAAAGGUGAAGUGAGAACUGAUGGACCCUGUAACUCUGACAGGGAUAGUCUACAGAAACAUAACAACAUAGGAACAGGAUGACAAUGUUUUCAGUAUUCAUUUUAUUUUAUUUUAUUUUUUUUCGUAUUCAUUUUAUUAAUUUGGUUAUAUAUUCAUAUGUGAAGUCAUAUGUAAAAUAUUCUACACUUCUGCUUUUUUCCCAUUUCACGAAACAAUUUUAUGUAAGUUCUCCUCAUGAAUCAUACUUAUCAAUGUCAUCUUUUAGUUGGGCCAAUUUCUGACCUGAAAUUACUGUUCACAGCAUACUAUCUUCCAUCUGCACUGUUUGAUAUACACUAUUAUUUGCACCUAAGAUUAUCACAGGAUCAUUCAUCCCACUCAUACAUAUUAUUUAAAGAAUGUUAUCUGUUCAGUAAUCUAAUUUGCUUCAACAAUUACUAUUCAUGAAUAGGAAAUGAUUUUAAAUAAAAAGCUAUUUUAAGAAGCAUCA